AUGGAAAAGACAACGACAACGACAACAAAAAAGCCAACGACAACAACGGAAAAGACAACGACAACAACAACAAAAAAGCCAACGACAAAAACAACGGAAAAGACAACGUCAACAACAGCAACAGCAAUGGAAAUACUGACAAGCCAAUCAGCACGCGUUACUUUACCAGAAACUGUUAUAGCAAUGGGUUUUACGGUAGGAUUAUUCAACUAUUAUCGAUUAUCCGAACUAUUAAUUCGUUAUUAA